AGAAACGCUGUUACUGGGCCUAUGGCUCUAGCAGUGGAAACAGGAAGUCUGGUUCUGUAAGGACAUUACAGACUGUUCGAGACUGACCCCAGAUCUUCCCUUUCCUCACUCCCCUCCUUAUCUCCUGCUCCCACCCUUCAACUGGGGUAUGAAAAGCACAGUCAACCCCCAGCCUUCCCCAGGAGCCCUCCUGCAAGGCCACGAAGAUGAGCCGGCUCUGCCUCUCUGUAGCCCUUCUGGUCCUCCUGGGCACCCUGGCGGCCAGCACUCCAGGGUGUGACACCAGCAACCAGGCCAAAACCCAGCAGCCUGACUUCUGCCUAGAGCCUCCAUAUACGGGUCCCUGCAAGGCCAAAAUGAUCAGAUACUUCUACAACAUGAAGUCUGGGUUCUGCGAGACCUUUGUAUAUGGCGGCUGCAAAGCUAAGAGCAACAAUUUCAGGAGCGCGGAGGACUGCAUGAGGACCUGUGGUGGUGCUAUUGGGCCCCGGGAGAACCUGUGAACUGUGCUCCCCUGAGAUGCUGAAGUAUGAGGAGGACCCACCCAAGGCUGGCCUCUAGCUGCUUCUGAAAAAUUUCAGCCUCCUUUUCUUUCUUCUCAACCCUCCCCUCCUCAGCAGAAAUCUGUCUCUUUCCUUCCUCCACAGGUCCACUUACUUUAGCCCUAUCUCAUCCAGUUUGUUCUAAGCACCCUGAAAGCAAAUCUUCCCUUUAUCCCUCACACUUCCCACAAUUUCUGGCACAAAGAAGACCGUCCAGAAAUAUUGCAGGAAGGAAGGAAGGAAUGCAGGAGCAAAAUUCCCCAUGACUGGAGCAUCUGUAGAGUCUGAGAUUUAAAUCUGGAUUCUUGUCCUAAUCUUCCUCCUCACGGCAUGCUUACCUUCAUCCUCCACCCCACCAUCACUGCUCUCCCUCUACUGGCGAAAGUAGAAUUUCCAUCAUUGAAUUUUCAGCUCAGUGGUGGGAGAGGUCUUUUCAUGAACGAAGCCUCCUCCUCACAUUGAUUUGAAGGUCUGUGGCUUCAAAGAGUCUGGCCUUAUCUUUAAAUAAAUUCAUAUUUUAAUUAAA